AUGAGGUCAGCUACGCUUCUGUCAUUUCUUCUACUUAUCCUAGACACUUUGAUACAACACACAGAAGGAGGAAGCUCAGAGACGCGAUUUCAGCGCCUUGAUAGCGAGUCAGCAAACGCUGGCAACUCUGUCUGGGCUAAGAUUACUAGACUAAUUACAAUGUUAUGUGAAAUGGGUUUAUUGGUAAUUUCUUUGGGACGUCAAAUCACUGAUGUGAAUGGCAAGCAAAUGAAAUUUUUAGUGCCACACAAGUUAGCGAAGAAUCAACAAACAGACUGCUAA